UUUUGAAUUAAUAUAUUUAAUUCAUUUUAAUUUGAGUUCUGAGUGUACAGUUUUAAAAAACCUCGCGUAGUGUUAUAAAGAUAGCAGUAAUAAAGAUACAGUAGACAAAUAUUUUUAACAAUAUAUCGUGCUAGUAAAUAAGGAAGACAUGGAAAAUAAAUGUGAUUUUCAAUAUCCUCAUACAUUUAUUUUGCUUGGUGCAUCGGGAGAUUUAGCUAAGAAGAAGAUUUAUCCUACAAUAUGGUACUUAUAUAGGGAUAAUCUGUUACCGAAAUGCACCAAAUUUGUAGGUUAUGCCAGAACCAAGCAAACAUUGGAAGAUGUACGAGAAAAGUGCAAAAAGUACAUGAAAGUACGGCAGGGAGAGGAAGAAAAAUUCGAAGCAUUUUGGGAUGCCAACACUUAUGUGUCAGGAUCUUAUGACAAAAGAGUGGAUUAUGAAUUUCUUAAUCAACAUAUAAAUAAUUUUGAAAAAGGUCCUGUUGCAAAUAGAAUUUUUUAUUUGGCUGUACCUCCUACAGUAUUUGAAGAAGUAACAGUUAACAUUAGGAAUGCAUGCCAUGCUAUCAAAGGAUUUACUAGAGUUAUCAUAGAGAAGCCUUUUGGAAGAGAUGAUGUGAGUUCAGAGAAAUUAAGCAACCAUUUGACUGGUUUGUUCAAAGAAGAACAAAUUUAUAGAAUCGAUCAUUACUUGGGCAAAGAGAUGGUACAAAAUUUAAUGACCAUACGAUUUGCUAACCAAAUUUUCAAUCCUUCCUGGAAUAGAGAAAAUAUUGCUUCAGUUCUAAUAUCUUUCAAAGAACCAUUUGGAACAGAAGGCCGUGGAGGGUAUUUUGAUAACUUUGGAAUUGUUCGGGAUGUGAUGCAAAACCAUCUUCUUCAAAUUUUAUCCUUAGUUGCUAUGGAAAAGCCAGUUACAAUGCAUCCAAAUGAUAUCAGAGAUGAGAAAGUCAAGGUACUAAGACACAUACCACCCAUAAAAUUAAGUGAUAUAUUGAUUGGACAAUAUGUUGGGAACCCUAAUGGACAAGGUGAUGAGAAACUGGGCUAUCUUGAUGAUCCUACUGUACCAAAAGAUUCUGUCACACCCACAUAUGCGUUGGCCAUUAUGUGGAUUAAUAAUACAAGGUGGCAAGGAGUUCCUUUUAUACUUCGCUGUGGAAAGGCUCUUAAUGAAAGGAAAGCAGAAGUGAGAGUGCAGUAUAAAGAUGUGCCUGGUGACAUUUUUGACCACACAAAGCGGAACGAACUGGUUAUUAGAGUUCAGCCAGGAGAAGCUUUAUAUUUAAAGCUUAUGUGUAAAUCACCUGGAAUGAAAUUUGACUUGACCGAAACGGAACUUGAUUUAACAUACAGCUUACGUUACCGAGGAGCAGAUGUACCAGAUGCUUAUGAAAGGUUAAUAUUGGAUGUGUUCACUGGAACUCAAAUGCAUUUUGUUCGUAAUGAUGAAUUGAAGGAAGCUUGGCGUAUUUUUACUCCAGUCCUUAAAGACUUGGAAGAGCACCGUGUUAAACCAGUUCCUUAUGUGUAUGGUUCUAGAGGACCUUCUGAAGCUGAUGUCAAGUUGGCUGAAAAUGAUUUCAAGUAUUCAGGCUCUUACAAGUGGGAGAAACCCACACUGGAAUGAUUUAAAUUGGGACCAUUAUGGUGAUGGUAUUUAUCAAUUCCUUUUUUAUAUCAUUGACAAUAUGUUUGCAUAAUAUUAAUUUUAAGUAUUAUUAUAGACUUUUCUUAAUCUUGCAUUCCAUUUUACUUGUUGUGAAUGUUUGUUGGUAGAGGUCAUUUUAAGGUUAUUACAAUGUUACUGUGCCUAUACAUACUACUCUAAUGUAGUCUUAUAUAAUAAUGACAACAUUAUUUUAUCAAUGAAUUUUAUAAUCUAUAAUAUUUCAGGAAUAUCAUCACAAUUUUCCACAGCCAAGAACGUAAUCAUUCAAUUGAUUAUGCACACAGGUCAUAUUUAUCACCUUCAAAUGUAAAUUAAGUGCUUUAAUUUACAGUUCCUUAUCAUUGUAAAGUUACUUUGUGAGUGCAAGAAGAAAGUUAUAAAUUCUAAUUUAACUAGCUGUCGCGCGCGACUCCAUCCGCGCGUAAUUAAAAAAUAAAUUAAUUUGGUAGACUGUGUUCUAUGUUCUGUACAUCAAUGUCAAAUUUUAACAAGAUCCAUUAAGCUGUUCUGGAGUUACCUAAUACAAACAUCCAUCCAUC